UUGCAGUCAGUCAGUGCGCCGCUGUCAACCAGUUUGGACAGGUGCGAAAGCUUGUGUUUGGACAGUGACGGCUCUCGCUCGCCCGGGCGCCCGCAGGAUAUAACUCGCUGCCCUGUGUGUGACGUCAGUUGUGCCUUGUGUUACGGUACGUGAAGGUGAACCCUGGAGGGGCGUGUGUCUCCUGACGCAGUGACGCUCACUUUUCGGGGACGUGUGAGUUUCUCCCACGGGUUGAAGAUGCGCUGAGUCGGUAGUCAUGGGGAUCCUGGAGGAGUGUCCUACACCCACGCCCGUGUCCGUGGCUCUGGACAUGUGUCUAAAGCGCCAGGGCGAAGGUGCUUCCCAGUCCACUCCAGCCCACCGCCAGAGUCCGCCGCCACAGCGCCCCCACCAGGAGGCCGAGGAGGAUCUGGAAGUAGACGUGGUGGACACAGAUUCCGAGGUGGAAGUAGGGAAAUGUGACGAGGCAGGUGAAGAGGAGGAAGAGGGAGGGAGUGGUGGCGGCGUGGGUGAAGGGAAUAGUGAAGGUGGCGGGGAGGCGGGCGGCCCUUCCAAGCGAAAGCAGCGCCGCUACCGCACCACCUUCACCUCCUACCAGUUAGAGGAGCUGGAGAAGGUGUUCGCCCGCACCCACUACCCCGACGUGUUCACCAGGGAAGAACUGGCUAUGAAGAUCGGACUGACGGAGGCUCGUAUCCAGGUGUGGUUCCAGAACCGGCGAGCCAAAUGGAGGAAGCAAGAGAAGGUGGGACCGUCGACGCAUCCAUACGGCGGCUUCCCUCCGUCUGCUCCCCUGCCCCUCCAGAAUCCCUCGCCUCUUCCACCCACCAUCUCCAGUCCCUUCGCCACAGGGAUUGGCUACCCUGGAGCCAAGCAUCUAGACCCUACUGCUAUGUUCCACGGCGCCCGAGUGCCGCCCCCUAGCCCCUACUUGCCACCCACCUCUGCUGCCGCAGCAGUGGCUGCUGUCUCCGCUACUCAGCCCCUGCUGCCGCCAGGAUCACCUUACCUCCACCCCUCUCUAGCCGUCCUAAGGGAGAUGCAGUUCCGACCCCCCGUGCUUGCCCCUCACCUGCUGCCCUACACCCCAUCCUUCACCUCCGUCCUGGCACAGCUCUCACAGCGCUCCAAGCUGGAGGCACACCCGCCUUACCUCUCCAAUCUACAGCCUUACUUGCCGUCCCUGGCUGGCCUGCAGUCCUCUGCUGCUUCCCUCUCGUCAUCCAGCCUGGCGCCGCCCCUCCCUUAUUCGCCUCCGUUGACCGCGCCCACGGGAAUACAGGCGCCCCCGAUCCCUCCACUCCCUCUGCACAGGGACGACGCGGAGCGGAGACAUGCCUCUCUUCAGGACCUGCGGCUCAAGGCCAGAGAUCAGGAGGUGAAAUUGGAGUUGAUGCGGAAGGCUGGAGAGAUCACAGCGUGAGCAGUCAGGGAAACCCCGGACUGCUGGUCCAGUGGUCUUGAGGAAAACGAGAAGCGGCCAGCCACUGCUGUGGUCUGAGCCGCUUACACCAAAAAGCAUAUGAAUAAUAUUGCAGUGCGUCAUCUCCGACCCCGCCUUGACGCUGUGACGCCACGCGGCACCCGGUGAAGCCGCGGCACUGUGUCCCUCGAGCCGUUGAGAGUACAGUCAGUGCCGAGUUUGCUUGGCCACAGUGUGCGCUGAACCCUGAGUCUUGAUCCGACACUCGUGGGGUAGAGCAAGCGCGCUGUGUUUGGUGUAAGAUAUAUUACAGUGUGUCGUAGCUUGUAUUAGUGUAUCUGAACCACAUGUAUGCAAGUCUUUACCUCAACUAUUCUCCGUCCAGUCUGUUGCCUCGUGUACUUAUAACACGUUUGUCUCGCCUUAAACCGGCAAUUAUGAUGAACCUCAUGAUAUUUGCUGAUAUUUAAUAGAAGCCAAAGUUAGAUCUGAUAUUCCAUUUAUGUAUAUAAUAUAACACCAAUAAAACUACAGAGUAUACAGAAAUGAA